AUGGCAAGUCGCGUUACAGAAUAUCCAAGCUAUGGACAUCCGAUCCAGUCGCGACCUGGGUCCAGCACACAAUCAGCAACCAACAAAGUCCUAGACACUCCAGAAAUCCUGGAGAUGAUCCUGGCUCGGGUGGAUAUGCGUACGCUUCUCACAUCUGCACAACGAGUCUGUCGUCGCUGGGUGAACCUGAUCAGCCAGGCGCCGUCAAUCCAAAAGAUCCUUUUCUUCACUCCAAUCAAAGACUCCGAAUGGGGGGUGGGAGAAAAGACAAUCAACCCACUAUUGACAGAGGCAUUUCCUUCUAUCUUUCCCGCCAAGGACACUGGGAAACACCAUGAAGUUCACUUUUCCGACUUGACCAUGAACAAAGAUACUUCGACUAUGUUUCGAUUUGUACGAAAGGACGCAAGCUGGCGCAAAAUGCUAGUUCAGCAACCCCCGGUCUCGGAUAUUGGACUUCUCAAUGUUUCCCACGGAAUGAUGGGCGAUCAUGUUGUUAGCUCUACUAUCUCGGCAGACAAAAAGAUGCAAGAGUCCGGAUACCAUGGCAUUCGUAUGGAAAGGCUCUUCGAGCUGCUACUCACGCUAUAUUUCUCGGAUUUCAUCACAGUACAGGUGUAUUGGUCUACUGGAGAUCUGGGAUCUUUCAAAUCGAGCUUUGAGAAUAUCCGCGAUGAGUUCCAUCGGAUUAUCAACAAAUUUGGGUUGGUUGUGUAUAAACAAGCGGUAGUUCAGUGCUCUAUGGGCGGCUAUUCUCCAAAUGCCACAGAAAUGAUCAAGAAGGAGAUUAUCACUGCAUAUGGUGAACACGGUUUGGAUUUUAUUUGCAGAAGAAAGAACAUCGAAGAAUCGCAGGGUGAAGCAAUUAGUUUCCAGGGAGAGAGACAGCAUUUGGUCUAUAUUCCUCGCAAUCCUCAUGGAUACGAAACGUUCCUUUCAACAUUUACCUACCCAACAAGCCCGAGUCCGGCGACUGUCGAAUAA